AUGUUCUCCUAUCUCACCAGCCUCGCAGCACACUACCUCCGACCACUACCCACCACCACCACCCCCUCACCCUCAACCUCAAACCCAAACGCACUCUCGCUCGCAGCCAUCGCAUCGCACACCGACCACAAAACAACCACCACAAACUCAUUCUUCAGCCCAGAAGAACAACAGCCACCAACAAAAACAACGACCACCAGACCACCAGCACCCAACACCCUCUCCCCACGCGCAACCCACGACCUCAUCUCCCGCCUCGAAACCACCUCCCCACUCCUCCCCCAGAACCUCGCCAACUUCAUCACGGCCGCAUCGCUCGCAACACGCGUCUCCCUCAGAUCAUCCGCCUUCUUCAUCGAACUCAUCCUAGAGUCACUCCGAUACUCAACCACAACAUCCCUCAGCAUCACCAGAAGAGCACUCAUCUCCGCAGUCGGAAGCGCACGCGCCAUACACUACAACACCACCACCACCACCACCAACAACAACAACAACAACAACCCCUACCUCAACGUACUCGACCACUAUACCAACGUCGGCAUCUACCUCGUCCACCAUGUCUUCACCAUGGCCGAGCUGCUCUCCAUCGCAGGACUCGACCUCACCCACUCAGUCAUCUCAACCGGAUUCGAGACCGCCGAAGUGUCCGUCAUGAUGCUCGACAGCAUCUUCGGCUCCAACGAAUCAUCCCGCGCACUCUCAGCCAUCAUCAUGCUCGUCCGCCGCGAACUGCUCCACGACCCGCGCUUCACCCCAUCCCACUCCAGCAGCCUCACCGGACUCGUCGCGCUCACCAAGGCCAUCACGGCCUUUGCUUGUCUCCAGCUGGCCACCACCCGCCGGACCACCGGAUCGAUGAAGAUGCGCGUCGUCUGGGACGCAACCAUGGUCGCCGAAUCACUCUCCGAAUCCAGGAGCCUGGCCGGAGGAGGGAUCGACUACCAGCUGGGAAUCAAACAGGGGCGCGCCCACGGCUGCCACCCUUCGCAACAAGAAGCACCCCCAUCCCCCCCUCGAGGGAGCAUCCACAAGCUAUCCGAUUCUCUGAGCUCAACAACCAUGUCCGCACGCGCAACUCGGACCAACUCCUCCACACUCUCCAGCGCCAGCGCCGGCUCACAAGCCCCAGCACAACACCGCCUGGACGAACGCGAGGAGAUCGAAUUCGAACUCACCCAGAUCCUCACCGACGGUGAAAACAGCAGCUAUCGCCACCACCCAGCCGACCCCACCCCCAACUCUGCCGAGAAACAGGUGUCCGAAGACGUCCGGAAAGCACUCUACCAUGUCAAACGCACCUCAUACUCCCGCACCCAGUCCUACUCAUCCGGACUAGCAUACCAGGUCCAUUGGUCCGCCAAUCUUGAUCCGCCCGGCAGAAGGCCCUCCAAGAUGCGAAUCAUCACAAAAUCUAUCCAGCCCAGCAAUGAUCAGUCUGAGGAACACUCACCACCUACCAGUCCCAAGCCCAGCUCAUCAUCCAAGGCAAAGUCGAUGCCCUCCUCCCCACAACGCUCGCUCUUCUUCUCCCAGCCAAAGCUCGUCCGCCGUUCCCUGACUCGAUCCAAGACCCAUUCAGACAUCAACGACCUCCUCCUCCUCGAUGACCCCUACUCGUUUGCUUACCCCAUCCCGCCUUCCCAGCAAACACCCCCAUCGUCCCCCUCCGUGAUCAGCGAGGAAUCCAGCCUCGAAUCCGACGAGCCCCACCAGAGGCCGGUCUCCUCGUUCCCCAGCACGAUCUCAGAGAUCCCCCAGGAGGAUGAGGAUGGCUACUUUGGCCGUCCCCAACAAUCAUCCACCUCCGUCCAAACCAUCCGCACCCACCGAGUCUCCCAAACCCUUUCCUCCCCAGCAGCCCAGCCCCCCUCCUCCGACUUCCCGCCCCAAUCACUGGUGAAGAACCUGAGCCGGUUCAUGCGCUACAGCUCGGCGGCCUACGGCCAACAGUUCCUGCGGAUCAUGGGCAUCGGCGUGGACUCGUUCAACUACCCGAACACCAAGAAACACUCCGCAAACGACCACGCCUUCGCCAGUCAUGUCGGCCUGGCCGUCGACCAGAUCCUGCUCAGCUCGUUCACCGAGCCCAAUCCGGUGCUGGGUAACGAAGCCCUCAGCCCGCUCGUCCACUACAUCUCCAUCGACCACGAGUCCAAGGCGGUGGUGCUGACCUGUCGAGGCACCUUAGGCCUCUCCGACAUCCUCGUCGAUCUGACCUGCGAGUACGAGCCGAUCAGCGUCGACGGCGGGGAUCCGAAUGCGUCCUAUCUGGCCCACUCCGGCAUGCUCCAUUCGGCCCUCCGCCUCCGCAGGGAGUCCUCCACCGUCCACGAGGUCAUCAAGCAAGCCCUGCUCGACUACCCGAGCUACGGACUGAUCAUCACCGGGCAUUCGCUCGGCGGAGGCGUCGCCGCGCUGCUGGCGGUGCUCUGCAGCACCCGCACCGAGAGCUUUCUUGCCCAGACGGCCGGCCAACAGACCGUCCACCCGCCCAUCAGCACCCGCUUCGUGACCUCCUUCCGCUCUGGGUUCCCCCCGGGACGCCCGAUCCACAGCUACACCUACGGCACCCCCGCCGUCGCUUCCCUCGACCUCAGCGAAUACACCAAGGGCCUCGUCACCACGGUCGCCAACGGCAUUGACAUCGUGCCCACCCUCUCCCUGGGUGUCCUCCACGAUCUCAAAUCCAUCGCCGUCUCGCUGCACGAGGAGGAGAGCGUGGCGAUCGAGAUCGUGAAGAAAGUCGUCGGCCUCUACCGGCCCCAGGCCGCGCCCUCGGCGCCCCACCAGCAGGCCCAGAACCUCUUCGACUCGCAACCCCAACAGCAGCAGCAGCAGGGCGACGGGGGGGAGGAGGAAGAGAAACAGAACGUGGCCCUCUCGGACUCCGAGAUCCGCAACGGCGUCGGCGCCAACAGGGCCGCCGGCCCCGGAUACACCGACCCGGCGCUCGAGGGCUCCGUCUUUGGGAAGGCCGCGCUUGCGCCCGAGCUCGGCGACUGGCUGUGGUCGCUCCGGCGGACCAUGCGGGCCGUUCCGCCGGGCGAGGUGUGGCAUGUCGAGUCGUACGAGGUCUUCGUCGUCAGAGAAGAGGACGACCGCCCGUCGUCCGUCCGGCGCCGCCCCAGCGUCUCCCCCUCCUCGCGCGCCGUCUCCUCCUCCUCCGCCCUCCCCUUCCUCUCGGCCCACCCCGCACCGCCCGGCGGCGCCUCGAGCACGACCUCGAGACGCGAAGGCCGCCGGAUCAUCCUGCGCGCCUGCGACGACGUCCAGGCGCGUUUCUGCGAGCCCAUCUUCGGCAAAACCAUGUUCCACGACCAUAUCCCGUCCCAGUACGAGCUCGUCUUGGAGCUGCUCGACGCCGCCACCGACGCCCCCGCCUGCGCUCCCUCCCCGCGUCCCUCCCCCUCCUGCUCGCCCUCCUCUCCCUCGGCGGCGGCUGAACCGUCGUAG